UGGGGGCACUGAACCAGUGUUGGUGGUUCACGAGUGUGGCCACUGAACCAGUGUUGGUGGUUCACGAGUGUGGGCACUGAACCAGUGCUGAUGGUAACAACGCUUCUGCCUAAGGCGAAACAUGCCUCUGGAGAACUACGCUCGCUUUCUUCUAAUUAACACAAUUUUAAUCGAACCCACUGACCUCAAGCUUUACUCCUUCUUCUGAACUGAUGAGUAUUUGGCACUCUCCUUCACUCCUCCUCUCUUCCUCACUUCGUUUCCUUCCCUCACUCCCUCCCAAUUUUCCUCCUCACUAUCAUUAAUAAUUCUACACUAUCAGUCCUCGUCGUCACAACAAACACUAUUAGAAAUGGCAACUACCGCCAUGCCGCCACAUUCAUCACACAGUUAUUCAUUGACUCAUCGUCCGCCGCGUGGCGUGCGGGAAGAUGUAGCGUCUUUCCUGAAACGGCCCCCCGACCACGGAACGAUGGGGCGCCAGCGUCCUGACGGGGGCGGCGGUGCCAUGUCUCAACAGGAGGCGGGGGGCGACAGCUCCCGGUGUGGGGACUCCAGGGUUUUGUUAAUGGACUUAGUAUUGGUAAUGAAAAUUAUUUAUUGUGGACUGCGCCGUAUUGUUUUUCAAUUAAACCAACGACCAUGGACGCGGUGGGCCAGUUUAAUGUUUGAACGACCCGUCACCCCGGUCCUCUCCAGGCGACCCCUUCCUUCCUGCCCCUCCAGAUGUCCCGGGACCGCUGACCCCGUAAGAUGUCCCGGGUUCCCGUCCUGCACGCUGAGGUUCGCAACUGCCGGGGCCCUGGCCCUGCUGCUGUGCCCCGCCGCUGCCCAGGGUCUACACGUGGGUGGGCUGACGGUGCCCCGGUACCUCGUAGUGGGGCAGCGCGCCACACUCGCGUGCCACGUGGGCCUCGAGGGCGACUCACUCUACUCCGUCACGUGGUGGAAGGACGGCAGACAGUUCUACCAGUACACUCCCUCCAAGCCACGGCCUGUCGUGGCCUUUACCGUGCCUGGCAUCUCGGUCAAUGCCGGCAGGUCGGCGCUGACGACCGUCGAGCUGGAGGACGUGACGCUGGCGUCCAGCGGCCACUACCGCUGCGAGGCCGUCGCUGAUGGACCGUCCUUCGCCACCGACCAUCGCACGGCCAACAUGACUGUCAUUGAUCCUGGGGCACUGACCCCCCAGAUUGUGGGGGUCGCCCCCCUUUACCGUGUGGGGGAGACCAUCAGGCUGUACUGCUCCGCUCCCCGUGCCCCCCACCCCCACACCCUCUCCUGGACCUCGGCUGGCCG